ACCAAUGAACUGCAGACAUAGUACAGGAAAUGACCAGAGACUGCAGACAUAGUACAGUAGUACAGGAGAUGACCAGAGACUGCGGACAUAGUACAGGAGAUGACCAGAGACUGCGGACAUAGUACAGGAGAUGACCAGAGACUGCGGACAUAGUACAGUAGAUGACCGGAGACUGCGGACAGUACAGGAGAUGACCAGAGACUGCAGACAUACUAAAGGAGAUGACCAGAGACUGCGGACAGUACAGGAGAUGACCAGACACUGCAGACAUACUACAGGAGAUGACCAGAGACUGCAGACAGUACAGGAGAUGACCAGAGACUGCAGACAUAGUACAGGAGAUGACCAGAGACUGCGGACACAGUACAGGAGAUGACCAGAGACUGCGGACACAGUACAGGAGAUGACCAGAGACUGCAGACAUACUACAGGAGAUGACCAGAGACUGCAGACAUAGUACAGGAGAUGACCAGAGACUGCAGACACAGUACAGGAGAUGACCAGAGACUGCAGACACAGUACAGGAGAUGACCAGAGACUGGAGACAUAGUACAGGAGAUGACCAGAG